UUUUUGCCAAACACAAAUAAUUAUAUGAGUCUCGUCACAGCCACUUCUGUAAUAUUUCUGACUAUUGUUUUGUUCCCCGUACUCUAAUAUUCAGUGGUGCGAUCCAGUAGUAUCGAAGGCGAAGCAUAAAAACGAUUUGUUUCCCCUGAGAGGAAGGAGCGUUGCUGUUUUUCGCAACUGUAACAGUGGUUGUUAAGAACUGUUGUAACAUUACUCCUUUUUUUAUCCAGUUGUUUUUCUGACAGCAGCUCUCUUAGCUCGCCAUGGCUCUGUGCGGGGGUGUCGGAGCCAUGGCUUUGCCCAGCGAGCUUAUCGUUCACAUUUUCUCCUUUCUGUCCGACCGAGACAAGCUCCGGGCCUCGGCCGUCUGUUCACGAUGGAGGGAGUGUCUCUUCUACCCCGCGCUGUGGACCGAGCUCAAACUGCGAAUAGGUGGUGGCUGUAACGGCGGCGGCUCGAGCUCCGAGGAGACCCAGAGACUGGAGUUCCUCAUGCGGAAGUUUGGUUCCUUCGUGCGGGAGCUGCAGCUGGAACUGGCACCGGUGGAAGGCUACCUUAGCCCUCUGAACACCGACCCGUCGUCCAGCAGGAUGGACCAGCGUCCCGGUCCAGAUAAUGAUCCACAGCUUUCCGAGCGAUGGAGAGACGCCAUGGCCACCUACUUGGACCAGGUGCUGUGUGUGUUCACCAGCAUCCGCAACAACAGAAACCUGCAGAAGCUGAGUCUUUAUGGAGACACCUGUGUUCUCCAACAGGAGGGACUACUGGACAGCUCCAACCUACUCCAAAUUCACCAGGGAGACAAAAAGAUCAAUGAAAUCCAGCAGCUGUUCAUGGAGUUGUUGUCUAACAGCAGGCAUCUGAGGUGGUUGUCUUGUAGCUUCAUGGUGGGUCUGGUGACUCCAUGCUCCUUAGCCUGCCUGUCCAAUCCUUCAGCUGAGACCCUGCAGCACCUCAGUUUACUGGACCACCAGCUGGGUCCCCUCAUCUCACCAUCAGAGUUGGAUCGUCUCUCUAAUCUUCAUUCUCUGGCUCUGGAUUUCUCUGAUUUGACAUCUGAACUUUGCAGUCUGCUUGCAUCUCCCCGCCGAACUCCGCUGCAUCGCCUCUCCCUGCUGCUCAAUGGCGCCGCGCUGGAAUUCAAACCAUUAGAAGGGACCGCUACAGAGGACGAUUGGAAGGCGCUGGUUCGUGUGAGUGCCAACCUCCGAGUGUACAUCAUGGCCCUGGAGGUCGACAGCUCAGAACUCCUCAGGGUCCUAAAGCCUAGCCUUCCUCUGGAGCGCCUCCACCUGGACAGUUACAAUACGCUGGUGUCCGACGCUACAUUGGAGCUCAUCUCUCAGCAGUACAACAAAACGCUGACUCACUUCCUGCUCCUGAGGGAUGACCCUGACUUCCCUGACCUCAGCAUCAAUCGGAACGAAGACCCGUUGGUCCUCUUGGCGUGGAGAUGUACUCAGCUGGCUGUACUGGUUAUACAUGGUUACACUGUAUGGUCCCAUAACUUGGUGGCCAUCUCUCGACUGCGAGGCUCCAGUCUCCGUGUCCUGACCGUCUCUGAGGAAAGCAUCGACUUCGAUCCAGACCAGUCGAUGUGCAUGGAGGGCGACCCAGUCCAUAACCUGGUCAAGGAGGUUUCCCUGGGCCUCGGCCGUGUCUGGCACCCUUGCCUGGAUUCCAGCCUGGUUUUGUCAGAACCCACCCAGCACUUCCACCGCGAGCUUCACGCCUUCAGCAUGGGCAUGUAGGCAGGGAUGAUGCAUCCUACACAUCACAGCUUAAAUUGUUUCAAGACCCGACCAGACCAAAAUCUGAAGCAGCUCAAAUCAACAGGCCACAAGCACACUUAAAUGAGAAAUCUUAACUGGACAUUAAAACAAUCCAUGAAUUGCAUUAUGUGAACUGAUGUGAGCUGAUUGUUUUUAUUUCACUUUUAUUUUUUUUGCAUUUCUUUCACAGGGAUUUUAGCAUACAGCUAUGUUCUGACAUUUUCCAAAUGAUUCCCUGUUUUCUAACUUGGCCUCUCGAUUAGCUGCUUAUUAAGUGACUUGGAAAAACAGAGUCAGUCUUAUGUUUUAAGUACGUUUUCCAAUUAAGACUACCCAAAGUGAAAAUGGAUGUCCUUAUGACAGCACUUGAGUCAUUGGCCAUUUUUAAUUUGUCUUCUAAAACGAGUCAUUCUGCUGCUUCAAACAGCCUCUGCUCUGGCAUGGCCCAUCCUGGUCUGGUCUUGAUGAGCAAGUAUUCAGAGCUCGAUGUUUCUCCUUCACCAUAAUAACCUCCAGAGCCUCUGUAUGAUGUAACCUUGAUUUGUUUGUUUUUGUUUUGUUUUUUCUUAUUUUAUUUGAUCACUUUUGAUCUCUCCCUGCUCUGUGUAUAACCUUGUUUUUUCCUGUGUUGUGGUUCCCUUGCCUGCAUAGGCUUUGUGUGUAUUUAAAUACAGAUAUAUUAUUAUCCUGCUCACCCUUAGAACAGGAGAGGCGGGCGGGUUGAGUGAUGGACCGGUGGGAUUUAGGGGGGAAUGUGUGUUCCAACAAAAGCUACAAGCUUUAGUUGUGAAAAUAUUUUUCUUUUUCUUUUCCUUUUUUUUUUUGUUUGUUUUUUAACCUUUGCUCUGUGUCGGUCUGUCUGUCUGCUCCACUCUUGCAAAAGUUGGAGUUUGUAAACGAACUGAUCAAUCACUUCCAUGGUAAUACAACCUGAGCUGCUUCUGCUGUUGCUCUAAAAGAGCAUCUUGUGCACUUGUCCACUAGUUCGAGAGCCUUGCCAGCAGGGUGGGAAUCUUCACUGUAAUGUGGCUGACAGUGGCAGGUGCUCAUCACUUUUAAUGUUGUUUUCAGCAACAGCUAUGCCAGUGCUAUGACCCAGAUUUAUGACCAUUGUCAAGUAAGUGGCAAUUCAAAGCCAAAUGGUUGCAUUAAGAUUUCUGAGCACCUUGCUGAUGGUGUUAUGGAGAAUAUUGUUACAUGCUCGCAGCCAACACGCUUCCCACCCUGCUCACUUGUCGACUUUUUGGGAAUUCCCACUGGUCGAUUUUAUUAGGGAGCCUUGUCUUCCGACCGACAUUGGAGCCAAACUAUAAGACUGAAGCCCGUCACAACAUAACACACCCCUACUCUGUUCUGUGACCUGGUCUUUUCAUUCUGUAUUCAGGGAGAAUAUAGCUGCCUUUGCUCUCUGACUAGUAUCACUGUCUCCAGAGCCCCUUUGUAUGAAAAUGUCAAGUCAAAGAAAAGAACAGGAGUGUGUGUAAUAUGAAGGGCUUUGGGAUUUAAAAACCUUCAAAUAGUUGUGUAUUUUUGAGAAAACAGAUUUUCACUCCAUAAUGCCAUAGAUAUCCGUUUUUUGAUAAAUCUCUGUGACGACUUCCAAGUUCAUUGUGAGGCAAUGCUAAAACAACACCAGUAUACUGUAGGCAAAGCUCCAUGAGGUUUCACAGUCACGCCAGCAGUUUUGUAGGCAGGAACUAGCCUUUGUCAAUGGUGGUUUUCUUGCUUUCCAGUAAAACUUUUCGCGAUAAAAAACAGGAUAAAGUAAAGGUUGUACUGAAUGUAACUUACUUUUCAUUCUAUCGUUCUCUUGGCCAGUCAAGUUCUUCUUUUCUGUUGAAGGCUAAAUUGUAUAGCUGUAUUUGCUACAGAAAUUUGGUAGAUGCCUAUCUUGCCACAAUAGCCACGGCUGCUGGCUAAGUGAGAUCGGACAUUGUAGGUUCCACUGGUAGCCAAGGCUGGUUAAUUUUCCAAGAAGUGGCACCCACAGCACAACAAGGCGUAUUUCUGUGGCAAAAAGUUUCUUUGUCAGUCUCAGGUAGGCUUUUAACAUCAUUAUGACCAGGACGGUGGUGGUGAACAUGUCGAGUGGCUGUGUAAAACAAUCAGUUAGUGUGAGAUAUUGUUGUUGUUUUUUUUUUUGUUUGUUUGUUUAGUUAUUCCUCUUGAGUCACAGUUGCCUUGGAAACAGCCUUGUUUUAUGGAUGCAGUUGUUGUUAUUAAUGUUGUUUAUCUUGCCAUCUGAUAAACCCUCCCUCUGUCUUGGUUGGGGGGGGGGGGGGGGGGGGGGUGUCAGCAAACUUAAUCAUACAUUUGUUUUCAAAGAUUAAGGUUGGUUAAGACUAAAGGAUGGCAACACCGAUCUGCUCAUUGCACAUGUGUAAUAUCUUCAGUAGAUGAUGUGGGAGAUGGGGUGUGGCUGUGGAGUUGAAGAGGAUUCAUGCUGUCAAUAGAGGACCUGCUGGGCCCAAUUAAUAUCUGAGCUGAAUGUAGUCGAUUUUCUGGGUUGAAAUGACUUCUGUCGGGCAUAGUCAAUUUUGUCUUGCUGUUCAACUGGCUUUCAUUAACUAGGGUGAAGCCAUUACUUUGAUUGAAUCAUGGUUGUGUUUUCAUAGUCUGAGUCUAACUUUUAAAUAAUACUGAGGGAAUGCUUUUGCCCUAACAAAUGAAAUCAAUAUUAUUCAGGCUCUGUGGAAAUACAAGUAUGCCAUGUUUGGGGCUUAAGCGAGGCAUUGCACAAAACCCUUGGUCUAGUAUGACCUGAGCCAGGUACAGGUUACAUCUGAUGCUCCAGUGUUGUGCCUGAUGUGGUACACUGGUGUCUUAUUAGGGCAUUUGCUGAGCUGUGUUGGGAUUUUAACAGGAAAAUCAACCUUAAGUUAACUUACUAUUACUGUUGAUUAACCAUUGUUUGCAAAGUUACCCUCCCACAUGGCAUCAGCUCAGUUACUGUUGUGCACACUUUGGCACUUUAGAGGUUGGGGCAAUGGCAUUGCAGACUGUGAAGGUCCAUAUCAAGGUCUAUAGGUUUACAAGGUUGACCUGCAAUUUUUCCUAUGUACUGAUAUGGAACCAGAGUUAUACAGUGUAUGAGCAUUUUCCUUGGUUCAGAAUGAAUUGGUCCUAGUGAUGGGCCUGGGGUUACCAAAUGUUUGUUCAUCUGUUAAAGGACCUUGAUCGUUUAGCCGUGAUAAUUUCUCUAGCUUUUGGUUCAUAUCUCAGGAUAAAUGCAGUUUCUUUUUAAGGCUGCCUGUGGCUGUAUCUAGAGCUGUAAACUUACACACUCACAGGGGUCAGCAAUACCAACACAACAGACCAAAACAUGUUGGUUUUUAUUUUAUCCAUUUCUUCCCCUCCUCUAAUUUCUCCUCUCAUCUCUUUUUUCAGAUAUCAGCUUUGCUCCUUUAUGUGAGAGAUUUAAGAUAAGUGUGUGUUGUGCAUAGGAGUAACUUGAUAAAGGGGGGGUGGGUCACAGCAGUCUACAGCAGAGUGUAAUUUCAAAGUAGACCACCUGAACUGAGAAAAUAGAUAUUCACAAACAACUGAUUUUAAAAAGCUGAUUUUACAAUGUUUCCCUCACCACCCUGUGUGCUUCCUCUUCUGUUUCCUGUCUGCUCCAGUCCCCACGUUAUUGGCUCCAUACUACAUGUCGAAUUUCGCUGUUUGGGCAGUCCAACUUGGCUCUUGUGGCUCUGCCAUAAUAUUCCCAUUUGGAAAAUGUAUUUAAAAAGGACUUGUUCUAAUCAUGAAAAGGUCUUCUGUUUUGGAGACUUCCGGAUAAAUUCUUUAUCAUAAGUUAAUGUUUUGACAAUUUGUGAUCCUAUAAAUAUUUUAGGAAAAUGUAGACUGCAAAACUGUAUGAUGAAAGUUGAUGUAGAUAAUAUGCAUUAGAGGAGAAAGGCAUUGCAAAACAGUCCUCUUUAUUAUUGCUUCUGUUUUAUUUUCUUCGCCAAAACACACCAAUAUUUCAGUGAUGUCUUGUCCUUGCAAGGAGAGAAGAGGUGAGACAAAGUUCUGCCAGUGAGGAAAUGCUGAUUUGAGUUUGGCAAAAUGUGGUCACAGGAUAGCAUAGCAUUUUGAAAAUGACUAUGAGCGGAAAAAUCACUUUCCCGUUGUAAUACCUUUGUAUCAUCGCCAACAGCUAAAUAUAGAGCCAGCUUGUGCCUGAAAGCUUCUGGAGUCUCGCUGCUUUUCAAACCUCUGCUCUCCCCAAGUUAUUAGUGAUGUGUUUUUUGUCAUUGUUGCUGCGAUUGUUAGUUUAGGGAAGUGCUACAGGAACUAGGGUUUCAGCAUCUUUCAGUACACGUGUGUUUUAAUUUCCGUGGAGCUGUAUUUUCUGCGCACAUUUUCAUUUAAGUUUUCUAUAGUGAAUCCAGUAGAAAAGGUGUGAAUAAGAUCAUAUGACUGUGUGUGUGUGUGUGUGUGUGUGUCUGUGUGAGAACAAGUCGUCAGCAGUGCAGCCAUCGUCAUAUUUUCUCUGUGUGUGUGUAUUUAAAGGGGUGUGUGUGGGAGGGGUCACGUUCAGCAGUGUAGUCUUAUCACUCCCACUGCAGCAGGAAAUCGUUCGUUCUCAGGGUACAAUCGGAGGGAAAGUUACAAUAGCUCAGGCCUCUAGCUCACUCAUAUGAGUAGUAGGAGUCACUGGAUCUGUUCUCCUCCCUUGAUGUGUUUUAAGCUGCCAAAGAUCACAGUGGAACAAACUAAACCCAGAUACAAGUCUGUCUGAAGUGCCCAUGUAUGCACACACUGGCGGGAGGCUGGUCCAGUAUUCUUUUGUACUCCACACCUCCUUCUAGUACUUUCCAUCCUGACAUUUGUCCUAUUUUGUUCCUGUAGUGGUUCCACUCAGCCUGUUUUCUUCCACUGAACCCUUGACUUCUACCAUUCUGUUUUCGUGCGUCCAAACGCUGCCCUUGUUAUACUACGGACCAUACUGUGCUGGACCACGUUAAUGUCAGCAGUAUCGUUCUGUGAUUGGCGUGAAAAGAGACCAAGGCAGACCUGUAUGCGAAGGCUCGGCCAGUGUUGUGUUAGAGGCUGAAACUUAUGUUCAGACGUGUAGGAUUUUACACUAGCUGUAUAGAAUUUGUGUCAUGGAGAACAUAGUUCGUCACUUGACAAGGGUCAGCAGCAUUGAUGCACAAAUGUGGCCAAAUGGCACUCAGGGUCUACACUGCAUGUAGCUGAAGCAUCCUAGAGCAAAGCAGUCCUUUCUAGUCCAGUGCAGCGCACUUCUAUAGUGUGACACAGGCUUAAACAGAGAAGUCUGGAGUUAUUUGCUCACCACCACCAUAUUCCUCCCUCUCUCUGUUUUUCCCAUCACCUCUUUCACUGUGAGGAGUGAGUGAAUGUAAAACUAAAGGCGGUGAGGACAAGGAGGUUUGGUUCAAUAUCAGAACACGUCGGGGAGUAAACACACCAUCAGAUGCUUCCAGAAGCUGCUUUCUUAUAGAUUACAGCUUCCCAGCUAGGAUAAAGUCCAGAGUGCCUGAUCUGGCGCAUUGCAUGCCAAGCUUGUGGCCAAGGUCAGAUUUGAUGUGAAAGUGUUAAGUCCCAGGGUUUUUGAGCUGUUAAGUGAUUUCGCUGCUAGAGAUCUGCUAGGAACAGGACAUUCCACGUGAGGAUCACUCAGGCCAUCUGACUAGCAAACAGUUUACCAAGUGGCUGAUGUGUCUGCAUGAAAAUUAGACUCUAUAUAAAUAUAUACUAUAUAUUUUUUUACUUCAAAUUAGUUGGUCUGUUUUUGAAGGCAUACAAGAUGCAGCUAGUAUUGAAUUAUCACACCAGAUUACCAGCUGGUCUGAGCAGAGCCGAGGUGUGAUACCAUUUAGCAGUGGUUGUGUAAAAUGUGCCGCUCUUUCAAAGGUCGACCACGUCUCUAAUGUGUGUUACAAGCUUUGCUUUCACUUCACGCUUUGACAUCCUGAGGCCAUAGCGAGGCCUUUUGUGUCCGGUACACUUAAGGUUGCACAUGAAAGCAACAUACACUAAAAUGUAAGGACUAGCUACUCUGAACAUGAAAUGUUUUCACCCUCUGAAUCAAACAGUGAGAGGAAGUUAGCCUGCAUAUUUAGUACACACAGGAAUACACAGAGUAUCAUAGAUAACACAGGGCCAACUGCGCUGGACUUAUAUGCAGACAGAGGUUUGUGUAUGACUACAUUAUACUGUGUAUACACAGACUGAUUGACACACAGCUUACGUAUAUUGUUGUUUAUUUUUUGUUUUGUUAUUUUCUGUGCUUUUAUGUGCAUUCAUCGAGACAUCCUUGAAGAUAAGUGAGUCACCUCUGUGGCCAGAUGAGUAACUGAAUCCACAGAGCUGGUCUCUCAUGUAGUCCAUUGGAAAGAGUUGACCAUGACAUCUUAUUAAAACUGUUGCGAUUGCAGAACUGUAAAUAUACAGGGAACUGAAUACGUAUGUCCUAACAGGCUCAUAUGCGUGUGUUAUUUUAGUACCAAAGCCACAGACUGUGUCAGAUCAGCAUCAGUUUAAACACAGGCUCAGAGCCACAGGCAGACACACAUCAGCCAUCGGACCGGUUUUACUUCCACUUUGAUCGUUGCUCAGACUUGGUGCCAGUUUGAGAGUUUGUAGUGCUGACCCGAGGGAUGUUUACAACGUUCUGGAAAGUAUACUCAAUAUACUAGCCAUAGAAAAGUGGUAGUGAGAUGGUUCUGGGCCCAAAACCUUCCCCUUAAUGUGAUUUUGGCGAAGGUGACAUGUUUCUGAAGAGAUUACCAUUAAAAAAAACAAACAAAACAAAACAGGGUUUCCUUAUCACAGUGUCAGAUUCCAGAUGCUUCCUGUUUGUUUGUUUGUCUGUUUGUUUUAAAUUUAAAUUCUUAGACCAUAGACUACUACCAGUACAUGAAAGACCUCUGAAUGGGCUCACACAGGGCUGGCCACUUGCGGGAAUGUGAAGAAUCUGACUAACAUUCUGAUAUGUUUUUGUUACCAGGAGAAAAACACUGGAUGUGCAUUGCACUGGUAUCAAGAGUCCUGUGUAACAGAUAUAUAGAGAGAGAUGUGUCUAAUGCUAUGUAUAAUCUGGGUGAUGGGGAGGUUCACACAGAGGAAGGCUGUUAGCAGUUAGCCACACUGAGAGCCACUAGUUUUCAACUUCAGAAAUAGCUGACACUAGAACUGGUUUUACAGCCAGCUUAUGAUAAUGAUCCUGGCAUACUGGUGACAUGAAGGGUAUUAUCAUAUACUUGCCACACUGUAUUUCUAGAGAAGAAACAACAAAAUGACACUGAUAGUAUAACCUGGCCAAACUCUGUCAGUAGCUGUGGUGCGUACCCUUGAGGUUAGGUUGUAGCGCCUGGCUGUAUCAAAAAACUGAUAGAUAUUCAUGCUUGGUGUCAGCCAAAUAUCUUCAUUUAGAUCUCAGCUACUGUGGCUCUGAUGUCUCUGGCUGCUAAACAAAGUCUUUCUUGUCAAGCCUAGAGAGCCAAAGCUCCUAAUUAGGCAGGCAGGCCUGCUGCCCAGUCCAGCCUCACAACUAUGCAACAGGAAUGCAUAUAAUCCACACUCUUCUCUUUUUCUUUCUGUUUUUAUAUUUUGUUUUUUCUUUGUCUCACUGUUACACAGUAGAAAUGAAGAUGUAAAAUUAAUAAGAACUUGCAAUGACAAUACUUGGCCUUAUGAUGAUUUAUGAAAACUUAUCAUUUUAGUUUUAAGAUCUUUUGGUUCUGGUCAGCCAGCCCAGCGACAGCAGCGGUGACGGCGGGCUCACUCAUGGUCUCUGUGAGACUUGCUAGACGGCCCCUAAUUUUAUCGUGGUACGAAUGUUGUGCAUUUGUUUAAAAUCAGGACAGUUUGCAAUAACAGCAGUCUAACUAGUGGCCACAAAGGGGCACAAGCAGUGCUGACAGCGCCUGGCUGCGUCUUUAGAAAACCACAGAGGAAGAAAAAUGAAUUAUUAUAAAUAGAUAUAUAAACUCACACAGUGCAUAUUUGUAUAGGUAUCAACAAUGCAUUACCGUGGUAUUCUCUUAUGCAACACAUGUCCGGGUUCAAUUUCUGAACAAGAAGUAUGUUAUAAAAUCACACAGACUUUGUAAAUCAGAAGCUAUGUUGUUGAAUGUUUUUUGCGAAAAUUGUUUUACCAUCCUCAAUGUUGAAUAUUCCGAGCGUUCUGUUCCUGUGUGACUGUGUUUGUUAAAGUGAGCACAUAGCAGUGGGUUUUACCUUCUUCCUGUAAGCAGGGAACCAGGCGUAACCCAAAACGCAGCUGGACUAGAUUUCAGGUAACAUGGAGCAUAUUUUAAAUACAUUUCAUCUGUUUCGUCUCUGACUCAACUAAAAUAUAUCUGCAUGAUUCAGACAAAGCUGUAUGAGUGGUUUAUUAAUAGCGUGGAUUAAGACUUGCUCCAUCCAGCAAAGAAAGGUUCCAUCCUAAAAACACAUCCUUAUUGUCCAUGUAGAGCUUUGCUUAAUCUAUGUCUGUCAAACUGUUCUUAAGUAAAAUUAAGACUAAAAUGAUAUCAUACUCUGAUUUGAAACCUUUCCAGCUGUUUUUUUGGUUUUGUCUGCAGGGAAGUAGUUCUCUCCAGCUGAGAGGACAGAUUUUAUCAUAGAGAACAGUGUUGAUCCAUGGUUCUGUUGUGGAGAAAAGGGAGGAUAUGUUGUAGACCUCCAUAUAAAACCUCUUAACUGACAGAUGGCGUACAUUUGAGAGGUCAACCUGCCGAAUGAUGAUUUGAAUUAAUGUUGAAUGAAUGCUCCUCUUCUUUUAGUCAGUGAAUAAAAGCAUUAAAAAGUCA